UUGACUACUAACGACUUGGUUUACGUCGUCAUGAGAAGGAAACAGUGCACAUGCUUUUGAGGUUCUCUUUAAAUCGCUUUUCAAAAUGAAAUCUUCCUGUUGCAGCCUUACAGAAAUUCAGCGGCGGAUAGAUGAAGUAAAGCGCUUCCUGUCGGGGACUCUCGCCAUCGCUAAUGCUCACACAGUCGAGUUUUACACGCACGACGUGUGGAAGCGGUUCAUUGCCGUGACGCCACAAGAGGUCCUGGCAGCAGUCAGUUCCGGUAGCGACCAGCAGGGAGCGCCAGAACACAAAGAAAAGGCAGAGCAUUCCAGGACCACAUUUGGGUUUUGCAUUCAUUCAAACCGGCUGGUUGACAUCCAUGAGCUGCUAGAGGAGGCCAAGGCCCAAUCCCUUCCUGGCCUUGGAGUGUGUGUGAGCAGGGAUGAGCUGCUGCAGAGCCUGAGAGGCAGCAAGUUGGAGUGUGCAGAAACCGAUAAACUGGAGCCAGAUGAGUUUAUGAACUCAAAGAAAUCCCAUGAAGUCCAGUGCAUGUCUAAGGUGGUGGCUUGUUUGACCCAGCAUUGUGGAGUCAAACAGGUGAUAGACGUGGGGUCAGGGAAGGGCUACCUGAGCUCCUUCCUGUCGCUGCAGUACGGCCUCCAGGUGUUCGGCAUUGACUCCUCCAGCACUAACACGCAUGGUGCUCAGGAGAGGAACAGGAAGCUCAAGAAGUUCUCACGAGCGUACCAGAAACGCUCAAAAGCAGCACAGACCCAAGCGGAGCCCCAAUCCUCGCCUCAAACGGUGGAAAGGAAACCUGGGCUGAAUCAGGACGGGGACGCUUUAGCGGGAAGUGGCUCUCAGCAGGAUGUAGGGGUGUCAGUAGACGCUCCGGCUGCAGAAACUCAGUCGGAGCUCUGUCCAGAAGCAGGGGAGCUCUUUCUGAGCGCUCUGUCGGCAGAUGUGAUUCAGCAUCCAUCCCCCAGAGUUCCUCCAAGUCAGCUCAGUGUGGAGGAGAGGGAGAGGAGGAAGAGAGAGAACCUGGAGAAGAAAGCUCGGAGCAGAGGAGAGGGCGCCGACGGCGUGUUUUCACCGCUCACGUCUUAUGUCACGUCAGAAACUGAGCUGCGGGAUCUCAUCACUGAGCUGGAGGAAGCUGUCAUGGUCGGCCUGCACACGUGUGGCGACUUGGCUGCGAGCACGCUGAGGAUGUUUGUGGCGAAGCCGGAGCUGUCUGCCGUCUGCGGCGUGGGCUGCUGCUAUCACCUGCUGUCUGAGGAGUUUAACCCGGACGGACAGGAGAAACCGUUGCAGACUGCGUGUGGUUUCCCCCUGAGUCAGUACCUCCGCAAUCAGUCCUGUUUCUGCGGCAGGAACGCCAGGAUGUCAGCAUGUUUGGCACUGGAGCGAGUCUCACUUGGCCAGGGUAUUCAGAUGGAGUCUUUGUUCUACCGAGCAGUGCUUCAUGUUAUUCUGAGGGACCACUACAGCUCCUAUAAAAGCGAGAAGCGGGUCGGAAAUGUUUAUUCCAAAGCAAAAUCAUUUGUGGACUACGUUCGGCGAGCUCUGCACCGAUUGGAGCUGGAUGACUCAAAGCUUUGUGACAGUGACAUUCAGAGCUACCACGACACGUACAAAGCACGGAUGGACGAGAUGCACGCCUUUAACAUGCUGAAGGUGGCCCUUGCUCCAUGCAUCGAGGGUCUGAUUCUGCUGGAUCGUCUCUGCUACCUGAAAGAACAGGAGGGUGUGUCCUUCUCUGCAUUGGUUCAGCUGUUCGACCCCCUGCUGUCUCCUAGAUGCUACGCCGUCGUCGGACUUAAAAGUCAUUCUACGAAACUAAAAAGCUGAGACACUUAUGCAUAUCCACAUGGAGAUGAUACACUUAGAUUAUAUUUAUAUAUGAUUGUCUAUAAUUGUCUUGAAAACGACUAUUGUAGUGCAUCAUUACCUCCUAGUUUAAUUAGAUACAUUGAUUUAAAUCAAUAUGCAUUUCAACCCUCAAGUUUGUAUUUUGCCUCCGAUGGGCCACAUACAUGAAACAUUUGCAGUUUUCUAUUACUUUGAAAUACUUGGAAGAUCUGUGAAGCCUGUGUGAUUUGAAUUAUGUAUUUUGCAGCCUUUUGUCACUGGACUCUUAAGAAAACUUGUUUUAAAGGACCCUUCAGGGAAUUGGGGGUAUUUGGGGAUUUGAGUGAACUUUGGGCACAUCUGGAAAACCCAUUUCUAGUUAAGGUUGAGAAAUAAGUUGAGGCUGAAUGCAACUUAUUCACUUCUUUCCUAUUGGUUUUAUAAUGUGCACGACUUGUACAUCUUUAAACCAUCAGAAUCAUUUUGUUGAGAUUGUAUGUGGUAUGCUAACUCAAAUUAGCACACCAUAGUGAAGUAAAAGGACAAUAUUUCAUGUUUUUUAUACUAAUAAAAAUAAUGAAAAU